CUGUGCUUGUGAAAGCAAAGUCGCAAAUGGCUGUCCCUAGACGCCUCCCGAAACAUUAUUAAACGACCCAAUGCCCACCAAACCUCAAAUAAUUCGGAGUCGUGUAAAGGCGCAACCUUUGACUGGCAAAACUACGAACGGACAGGCUAACUUCGGCAGUUUUCAGACUUUCAAACCCAUGGACCCUUUUCGAUCCUCGAUCCAUUCCACGACGGAACCGUCGCUUUCGCGCGCCUCUCUUAAGUGUAUCUCCCCUCCGUUCUUCCCCAAAUCUUUCUCCGGAGUCUGAAGGUGCCCGAGUUUUGGUUUCUUAUCUUGGUUCUUCUCAGUGAUGGAGGUGGCUGCUUCUUCUGCUUACGCAGAGGAGGCCAUUGAAUUGAGGGCUUUGGAGGCUCUAGGGAAAGGGUUCGAUCUGACGAUCGAUUUUCGGCUCAAGUUCGCCAAAGGGUGUGGUGGUGAGAGGUUGGUGGUGCUCGAUGAGGGCCAUAAAAGGGACAUUUUGAUUCCCGGUGGAGGGACCAUCAGGGGUGUUUCCGAGGAUAUUCGGUGCGAUAAGGGGGAUAGAGUCAGGUUCAGGUCAGAUGUUCUUGAGUUCAAUCAGAUGUCGGAAUUACUUAACCAGAAAUCUUCUCUACGAGGGAAAGUACCUUCUGGCUACCUUAAUGCCAUUUUCGAGAUGAGUGGUGAUUGGCUUCUCGAUACUGCAGACACCAAAUAUCUCGCUCUUGAUGGCUAUUUCAUUUCUUUGUAUUAUUUGCACCUAACCUCGUCCCCCCUGGUGUUGCAAGAAAAAGUAAAGAAGUCAGUUCCACCACGUUGGGAUCCAGCCUCAUUGGCCAGGUUCAUCCAGACAUAUGGGACACACAUUAUAGUUGGGAUGGCUGUUGGAGGUCAAGAUUUAGUGUGUGUAAGACAGAGACAUACAUCACCAAUAUCUCCUGCUGAUCUUAGAAGGAAUCUGCAGGAUCUUGGAGAUAUUCUAUUUUCAGAUGGAAAUAGUUCAUCCCUGUUGCAGAGGACAGCUAGAGAUGGCAAGCAUAAAGUGCCAGAGAUUUUUAGUCGCAUUUUGCAGUCGAACACCUUGCAGUUAAGCAGCAUUACAGAAACAUCAAGCAAAGAUGGCCUCACCAUAAUUUGUUCAAAAAGAGGUGGAGAUGUGUUCUUGCAUAGUCAUUCAAAGUGGCUUCAAACGGUGCCUGCCAAGCCAGAGGCAAUCCUCUUCAAGUUUGUACCUAUCACUUCUCUUCUGACUGGAAUUCCAGGCAGUGGCUAUCUGAGUCAUGCAAUCAACCUGUAUUUGCGAUACAAGCCCCUUCCUGAAGAUCUACAAUACUUUCUGGAGUUUCAAGUGCCAAGGCAGUGGGCUCCAACAUUCUGUGAACUGCCUCUCAGGCACCAGAGGAGAAAGACAUCUUAUCCUUCGCUGCAAUUUAGCUUCAUGGGUCCAAAGAUAUAUGUCAGCUCCACUCAGGUAACUAGCAAUCUGAAGCCGGUGGUCGGCCUACGCUUAUACUUGGAGGGAAAGAAGUGCAACCGUUUGGCCUUGCAUUUGCAGCAUCUCUCGAGCCCUCCUCACGUAAUGACCUCUGCACCAGCAAAUAUCGCCAUUGACAGGCCCCCUCGGUGGCGAGGCUCUGAUGAAUUUGACUCCAGUGGCCAAUUUAUGGAACCAAUAAGGUGGAAGUCAUACUCAAAAGUGUGCACAUCAGCCGUUAAGUAUGACCCUAACUGGAUGGAAGGGGAAUCCAGCGGCGUCUUUGUUGUGACUGGAGCCCAGCUUCUUAGCAGAGGGAGCUGGCCAAAGUUCGUGCUUCACCUCCGCCUGCUCUUCUCCUAUUUACCCAACUGCACCAUCCGGAAGACGGUGUGGGCCAUAGCACCGCAGACUGCUCACAAGUCCGGAUUCCUCUCAAAUAUCAGCACAACAUUUACCUUCACUCAAAAGAGUUUUGCCGGUGCAGAUAAAAGGGCACCAGCUCAGCUCAACUCUGGCGUGUACCCGGACGGACCGCCUGUGCCAGUUAGAAAUGGGAAGCUUCUCAAGUAUGUGGAGACGGCCGAGGUGGUGAAGGGGCCGGAAGAUGCUCCAGGGCACUGGUUGGUAAUAGGGGGCAAGCUAGUGACGGACGGCGGUAAGAUAGGUUUAAAUGUAAAGUUUGCAUUGUUAGACUAUCCCUAGGUAACUACCAUUCUUAAUGUACAUAUUUGGUUCAGAUGAAUGGCUUUGGUUGUUUUGUCUUCUGAAUUUUUCCUAAUGUACACGAGAUGAUUGAGUCGAAUACACAGAACGGGAUUGCUA